ACACCUCAUGGGAAAUAAAUAAAUUAAUUAGCCCACUCACCCCCGCGGCAGGGAGAGGAGCCGGCGGCGGCCGCGGGAUUAGAUCCAGCCCGAGCUAGAGACCAGGUAACGUAACCUACCCGCCAGGAGGGAGGAGGAGGAGGAGCAGCAGCGAGGCCGCUGAGGUUGCCCCCGCCGGGGAGGGCUCCGGGGGACGGAGAAGGGGGUGCCGCCGCCGGGGCGCGCCGGCGUGGCCCCCGGCUCGGCUGCGUGAGGGCGGCCGCCCCCCGCGCUGUGCGCGCCGCACUGUCAGUCACACACACACACACACGCACACGCACAAACGAGCCGCCGCCCACGCAGGGAUGGAUGGACAGACGGACGGACGGACGGAUGCCUCGCGGGCGCUGUCUCCCCCCGCCUAGUUGGAGAAGAGACAGAGACCAAAAAUGCCACCAGCAACAGGAGCACCACAGUACCCACCACCAGAUGGAGGCUGGGGAUGGGUUGUGGUCUUUGGGGCUUUUAUCUCCAUUGGAUUUUCCUAUGCAUUCCCCAAAGCCAUCACGGUAUUCUUCAAAGAAAUACAAGAAAUCUUCCACACAUCAUAUAGUGAGAUAGCUUGGAUAUCAUCAAUUAUGUUGGCUGUCAUGUAUGCAGGAGGUCCCAUAAGCAGCAUUUUGGUGAAUAAGUACGGUAGCCGGCCUGUGAUGAUAGCAGGAGGUAUCCUGUGUUCAUUUGGUAUGAUUGCUUCCUCUUUCUGCAAUAGCGUCCUCGAACUUUAUCUAUGUAUUGGUGUCGUUGGAGGUCUGGGUUUAGCAUUCAACUUACAGCCUGCCUUGACCAUGAUUGGCAAGUAUUUCUAUAAAAAGCGUCCCAUUGCUAAUGGAUUGGCCAUGGCUGGAAGUCCGGUGUUUCUGAGCACAUUGGCACCUCUCAAUCAAUUCCUCUUUAAUGCAUUUGGCUGGAAAGGAAGCUUUCUCAUUCUGGGAGGACUUCUUUUGAACUGCUGUGUGGCUGGGUCGCUUAUGAGACCUGUUGGACCAAAAACAGUCCCUCCUGCGAAAAAAGAUGUUGAAAAAGGCACAGGAGAUUCUACCUUGCACAAAAACAACAAGAAAUCUUUUUGGCAAACUAUCAAUAAAUAUCUGGAUCUGUCCCUCUUCAAACACAGAGGGUUUCUGAUCUAUUUGUCAGGAAAUGUCAUUAUGUUUGUCGGUUUUUUCGCUCCAAUAGUAUUCUUGGCUCCUUAUGCUAAGCACAAGGGAAUCGAUGAAUAUUCUGCUGCUUUUUUGCUAUCUAUCUUAGCCUUUGUAGACAUGUUUGCUAGGCCUUCAAUGGGACUCGUAGCAAACUCCAAGUUUAUCCGGCCAAAGAUUCAGUACUUUUUUAGUUUUGCUGUGUUGUACAAUGGUGUCUGUCAUAUCUUGUGCCCUCUGGCAACAAAUUAUACUGGCUUGGUGAUAUAUGCUGUAUUUUUUGGGUUUGCAUUUGGAAUGGUUAGCAGUGUUCUUUUUGAGACAUUGAUGGACCUCGUUGGGGCUGCCAGAUUUUCCAGUGCAGUUGGACUUGUCACCAUCGUGGAAUGUUGCCCUGUGCUCAUAGGCCCUCCUCUAGGAGGUUGGUUAGUGGAUGUUACUGGUGAAUAUCAGUACAUGUAUUUUGUCUGUGGAGUGAUUGUGAUUGUGGCCAGUAUCUGGUUGUUCAUUGGCAAUACCAUUAACUACAGGCUUUUGGCAAAAGAAAAGAAGUUAGAAGAUGAGAAGCAGAAAGCACAGAAGAACGCUGACUCAAAGGAAGCAGAACCAUUAACAAAUAAUGAGAACGAAGAUGCUGCCAGCAGAGCUGAUAAAGCUCUUGAAGAUCCUUCAGAAAGAGAAACCAAUAUUUAAUCUGCAAUAUAGCUCAGAAGGCAACAUUUAUGACUUCCAUUAGAAAUAUGUCUUCAAGACACAGGCCAGGUUUUGUGGUAAUAAUGAUCAGUCACAAUAUUGGAUGGGAACAGAUUUUUGCCCCGUGGCAAGACUCUAAGUUAAAUUACUAUCUAUAGCUUAUUUGUUUCAGUGAUACAAAAUUGAGAUUACAGAGGUAGUGACUCCAUGCAAAUGAGUCCAUCAAACUAUGACUCUGGACAAUCAAGAGUCAGGUAAACUAGACUAUAUAUAAAGCCCUCCAGUGACAAGCAGUUUUGUUCUAAAAGUAUAUCUAAUGAAAAAAGUAUCUCUAACUCUUAUUUGGGAAGAUACUUUCUGUUCGUCUUUAGACUAUUGUUAAAGUCUGUUGAAAUAAUCUGCCCAAAUUGUAUUUACCGCUGAUACUAAAAAGAAUAUAAACUCAAAGAUUUGUUUCAAAAGAGACAGAGUACCUGAAGCACACUGAAACUUUUUUCUCUUUUGUAUGGCCACUAGAUCAAAAAGAUACAUUAUGUCUGUAUAAAAAAAAAUAUAAUAUGGAUGUAAAAGUUAAGGCUAGAAGACAAACAAUUGGUGGGUACCAUCUCUAAAAUACAAUAAACAGCUGAAUUACAAUAUAUUCCAGAAGUUGUUUCCUCCUGUGAUAGCUGUGAUAGAUGGCUACAUUGUACUUCAACAUACACAUUUGAACACAAAGUACGUUCAGACCUCACUAAUUCAAACUAAGCUAAAAUCUGCCUGUACAUAAAAUGAUUUAAAAGCAAGAUUUACGUUGCUAACAAGAGUGGCAAUUAGUUUGUUUGCUUAUGUAUUCCUGUAUGGCUGAAGGAACUGGAUUGGACUGUGACACCUUCUUCCUAAAGGGACUAGAUUCAGAACCUGCUGAUGUUAAAAGGAUACUUACCCUUGGCUUUUGUGGCCUGAACCAGUUUCAUGGCAAUGACCUAGUAGAUGCUUGGGUUUAUUGGCAAGUCAUGAGUUGUUUGGUGGUCUGCUGAGAGGAGAUUUAAGGUCUAACUUCAGGUUUUUGCAGACAAGUAACUUUAUACCAGUUCUCACCUCCCUUUCCCAUGUAUUUAGUGAAAAGCUAAUUCUUUUUUGUAAUGCCAGUUUGAACAAAAAUGCUGCAAGGCACAUUGAAAGUGCCAGUCUGGAAGCUUUGUAUUAACAUAUCCUUUUUGUGCAGGAUAUUUGGUCUUCUGUCUGCAAUGUCACACAGACACUCAUAUCAAUUAAGAAGUAUACAAUUGUUCCUUUAGACAAAGUAUAAGUCAACAAUUUUAAUUUGCAGAAAUUAGCAUUGCAGUUGAAAGCUAAAAGUGCAAGCUUAUGAAGGUAUUAAGUGAAAAUAUUUCUGUUCUAUUUGUAGGUGAGGAAAGGUGCUAUUCGUUUUGGUGAGAUACAUGUAAAUGCCUCAGAAAUUGUGAAAAUUAAGGGUCUGAUUCAUUAAACAUUCAUACACUAUUUACGCAGAAUACACAUACAUUCAAUUCAGGGAAAAAAAUACCAUUCAUUUUAGCACUUCUUUAAAUCUCAAAAAGUUGCAAAGAUAUUGGACAGACAGCUAGCUGGGUUAAAUAUACUUUCAAGCACCAAUAACAGAAGAAACAGCUUAGUAAAAUCUAGCGAAUAUGUGAGUGCUUUUAAGAAAGAAUAGUGUUCAAUAUUAUUAUUUUCAUUCUUCUAAAAAUUUUGGUAGUGCUUGCUUCUGUUUUGCUGGGUUAUCAUCUUAUAUACUAUGAACUACCACAGUUAUGCUGAACUUUCUCAUUAUCUCAGCGCUGUUUUGGGGGAGAACCAUCAUGAAUCUACUCACAGCAUGGUACAGCAAUUAAUACCUACUUUUUACCUAAUUAUGUGCAAGAAAACCAAACACCUUCUACAAGUCCUCUAAUUUUAUAGGCGCAUCAGCAACAAAAUACGUCCAUUUCAGAGUUUUGGGAGAAAAUAUGGGUUGAGCAGUGAACUGUAUAAAGGAGAAUGAUUUAGUCCCAGUAAAUUACAGUUUCUCUCCCACCCCCCCAGCUUCAGAGAAGAAAUAAAUACAUUGCACCUCCUUCUGAACCUCAGUCCUGCCAGCACCCUAUGAGGUAAAACCAUUCCUCUGGUUUUGGGUAUACAAACAUACAGGGUGAAUUCCAAGACCUGUGAAGGCCCUAUGUGCCCAGAAUCAGAAAGUGAUGAGGAGUUUCAUAGAUGCUAAGCUUUCAUACAGUGAGGAAUAUCAGUUAUAAAUACUGGAUUGUGAAAGAUGAACUGAAAUUUUAGCUAAAGAGUAGUCAUCAGAUAUAUCACUCUGCUCUUGACAGCAAGUGGUAGAAAGGUAGAGAUAUUUGAAAAGAGAUGAAUAUAGAGACUGAACCAAAAUGACUGAGGCAAAAAUGCUAGGUGCUUAUUAUCUCUUUGCAAAAAACAGCAUGAUUAAGAAUAUAGAGUAGAAGACAACAGGCGUCAAGUGUUGACUUAAGUCUGUUGAACGUUGCUGUUGAACAAAUGAUGGACUUAGAGGAAAGAUGAUAAAAAAAAGGCUCUCAGGAAACAUGCAGGCAACUUACCUGUUCUAUGCAGGAUCAUAAAAUGCAAAGCAACAUGGCAUAGGAAAUAAGGGAAAAGCAAGGUUCCUCGAGCCAUAGACACACCUGACCACCAGUAACAAAAAUCAUGUUACUGCCUCAGAGGAAAUAAAAAAUUAUAUAAACACAACCCUCUGCAGAGCUACUACUCUUUCAUCUCUGGUCAGUUAUGUCAAAAAAUAAUAGGAAUGAAAGAACUGCUUUACCACCGCUCACCAAUGUGCAAUUUUUAAUCCCAUAAGGUAAAAUGAUGUAAAAGGCAACUGGAGCAAUAUAAAAUAUGAACUGUGUCAAGUGAAACGUUCCCUUAUACCUGUUUCAUUACUUUUCCUAAUAAUACUAGCAAGAAAAUAAAAAACAUCAGAAUAUUCUUGUUAUUGCUGAAUAUUAAGGAAGUUAAAAUCCAGAGAUGAAUGAAUAAAAUUAGAACCAUAUCUAUGCAAAAACUGCCUGGAAUUAAAAAAACUAUGUCUUCCAAAUAACAGGUCCUAAAGGGGCAAUUGCCUUGUAUAUGUAGCUCUUAUUUCUAAAAGUAAUAAUAAUAAUAAAUUGCCUUGAAUCAAUUCUAUACUGAGCAGCAAAGUAGCAAAAUGAGUAUAACUUGCCUUCAAAUCCCUGAAUAUCACUCUUACUUGCACUGAGCUGUAAUUUGUACGGCAAAUCAUUUCAUCAUUACAUUUCUGCUUUCAGGAGAAGACCCGGGUAUAUACCAUCUCUCUAAAUCCCCCUGGUUUCUUUUAUUUACUUCGCCCCCAGUCAGGACCACUGCAGGGUCAAGACUAAGAGAUGCCCCUGCCCUACAAUCAAGAAAUGUACUCUCAAACUUCAAGACAUACCAGAUGCAUCUGUUACACACUAUGGUCUCUAGUCUCUGUCAGUCAGUGCAAGAUUGCUCUUAAUCUCAUUUAUACUCAUGUAUACUUAUGCUCUUCAUUUCUCUGCUACGAUAUCACAGAGCCUAAUUAUCAUCUUGCUCUUAUUUGAUCAAUCAAGAAAAAAAAUGCCAAAAUUUUAAAAUUAGUAGAAAAGGGGAUAACAUCAAUAAUAUUUUUUCCUGUUUAACAUCGAGGUUAAGUUUCAAGUAGUUUCAGAGUAGACAUCUCUAUGUUUUUUUGACAUCGUACUCUCUAGUAGCUGGAGGGUUCUUCUUUGGUGCCCUUUCCAACUCCAGAGAAAGACUUCUCACUAGUAAUUCUCAGUACUUUUUCAAGAACGUAUCGAAGGUUCACCCUCCUACCUCUCGCCAUUGAACUGUGGUUCCAAUGUUGUCAGUUCUGUAUUUCCAUUAACUUCACAAAAGCAUCUUUUUAUAAGUAGUCAGACUACAAUCCUUUUAUUUCAGGAGCAUGAUUUGUGAACUGUUUCGACAGAGUUAGGGAAAGUCUUACAGUAUCUUCAAAUAGAUUUUUUUUUUAAUGAUGCUGUCCUUAUGAGAGGAAGUCCAACUUUACUUACUGCUGAAGUGAAUGGCAGCAAUUUCACUGACAUCGUGAUUCAAAAUUCACAUGAAUUUUAAUGGUCUUUUUUGCAUAUCAGCAUCCAGUGUGCUUAAAAAACAUUUGGCAGUGUGUAUGUAACUGUUCCUCCCAGGCGACUCUUGUUCCUCUUGAAGGUUCCCCACGCGCAGCCCUGUUCUCCAUUUGGAUUUAACACAAAGAAUUUGGGCCUGGCAUGUAGGGGCUUUUCUUAAAUGCUUUCUUGUCAUUCCCUUUCCUCAAAUGCCUAAGCAACAUUUUUACUUGAUACUUUCAGGUCUGGAUGUCCGCAAGUAUUAAUAUUCAGAUACAUAAAAAGCUACAGAUACCACAUACAGCCAAGUUUGGGGCAGCCAUCAGGAUUUCAUUAACAAAGCCAGUGACCACUUUUAUAGAUGAACAUGCUGUAACUGAUACUGACAAUUUUGCCUAUAACAAAAUUGAAUAGAGGCACCUUUUGUUAAUUUCUCUAUAGAUGACUAUUUUUCUACUCACAGAGAGGAAUAUAAAGGGAAUUUUUAAAUAAUUAUUUUCCGAGAUGACAUAUCAAUUUUAACAAGGCUUUCUGGAUUUUUUUUGAGGUGAAUGCUUUUCUGAUAUUUGUGCAUAUAUAUAUAUUGAAGUGUUUGCAUGUAUUAUCACCUUUUUGAUCACAAUUUGCAUAAGCGUUGCUGAGUAAUGUCAACAUAAUUUGCAUAUUGUUGUUUUGCAGUUCAAUUUUUUUUCAUCAUCUACCUCUUAAUUGAAGUUUGGAGAAUUGCACUACCCUGGAAGAAAACGGUUGACAAAAGCAUAAUGAUAAAAGCUGUACAGACUAUUAAAAAGUCUCCCAACUAUUUGAAGCUACUUAGAGUUCUAUUUUUAAGGCAGUGCAUAUUUAUGACCAAAUUCUUGUGUCAAUUGCCAUAGCUUUAUUAAAUAUAAAAAUUUAACUCACAUUGGUGUAGUUUUUACAUCACUGUACUGGUAUAAAAACUCAGCAUGUCAUUUAGAUAUCCAAAGUCUACUGCCCUUUUUUUGAGAUGCUAGCCUUCCAUUUUUUUUUUUUCUUUCCAUUUCUGAGUUAGUCAGAGUAAUUCCAUGGAAACAUUACAUAAUUAAUACAGCCAAACAGUUUUAAAAAAUAUUACAGGAUACUUUGCAUUUUGCAUCCCUGAAAAAAAAAAAAGUUUCUUUGGUUUAGCUUAAAUAGAGAAUUUUAUCUUGCCCCUGCUUUUGUGGGGCAAUUGAGGGAGAUGGACACAAAACGUUGGACUGGGGCCAAGGAAUAAUGAUUGUUGUGCAUAUGCUCUUUACAAAAACAGAGAUGAUUGUUUCUUCAAAGAUAUUCUUUUUAGUCUGCAAACCAUUCUUGCCUUCUAGGACCUAGUACAAAGUCCACUGAAGCCAACUGAAAAAAAAAAACUUCCAAUGUCAAAAAGCUUCAUCAGACAUUGGAGGUGAUGUGGCUUCAGUGGAGGCUUCAGCCUUAUUUUCUCCAUAUCAAAUCUCAGGAGUAUCAGAUAUAACACAGCAAAUGCAGAAUUUGUGGCAAAUGGCAAUUUAGCUCUGCCUGCAUAAUAUUCCUAAUGAAUCAGUCCCUGAAAUAAUGCACAAUAUGUAUUAUUUUAAUAGCUUAUGUAAAUAAUAAAAAAACAAACAUAAACUCUGAAUGUAGAUUAUAAAAUAUAGAGGAUAUAUUUAAAUAAAUAUCCGAACAAAUCUGUUUAACACCAAAGGAAAUUAUCUAUUUCCUUUCAAGCUUUCCUUCAGCAGUGUAUAAUCUUCAUUUUUGUUAUUUCCAAGAAAAUGUUUUAUGUCUUUUGGAAUGUAUAUAUAGAUCUAUAUAUAAGGGAAUAUAUAUGCAUAUGUGUGUAUGUGUGUAUAUAUGUAUUCCCCUAUAUAUAAAACUCUAAUUUAUAUAUAUUAUAUAUAUUUAUGUAUAUAUAAAAUAUAUAUAAUGUCUUAGAGUAAGUUGCAUACUGUGCCUGAUAAAUGAAGCAUAUUUGUAAGCAGAUAAAUGACUUCGGCAAAUGACAGAAAAAUUUAAAGGUUUUCUACAAGAGUAUAUUUUAUUAUUUUUCAGUUUCUGCUGGUUUUAUUUAUAUUAGCAAUUCAUUCAGAAAACUGCAAUAUUACCUAACAUUGGUAUUUCAACCAUGACUCAGUUCAAAGUGGCAUAAGAUCACUGAGAAUUUUCAUUGUUGUUAGACUGUGAAACCUACAUUGUUGGUGGAGGGGUGUUGGUUGUUUUUGCUGUAGAAGUAUUAACGAGGUGAUCUCUGAACAGACUGCAACACAUAGACUGAGUUUUCAUCUAUUGUAGUAUGUACGACAAGAUCAUACGAGGCAUUGAGGGACAUGAUAUUCUUGUAAAAAGUAUGGAGAAUGAGGAUACUCAAGGCCCCGUAAACAAUAUUCCUGUUAAAUUCUUGCAGGAAACUCUCCAGAACACUAGGCUCUAAAACACUGACAAUUUUUCAUACCUUUUCCAGGUUCUGGAUUUUUUAUUUUGUCUGCAAGUAGGCAAGCCAGUGAAAAGUCUACUUUUGUCUCUGACUCUUCAAAAGUUCUACCUUAAAGUUGUUGAGAGAUUUUUUCAGAGUGGUACAUUAAGUACUUAACAUAAAUACCCUUCCUGAAGUGUGACAUAGGUGCAUUUUUCACUUGUAUUAGCCUACUUGGAAAGUUCGCCAUAUCUACUGUUCUGUUCUACCAACAGAACUUGGUAUUGCUAUGCAAUAAUUAAACAUGCAGUGGCCAUUGUUGCUGACUAACAAAUUUUUUUCUUCCUUUUUGUAUUUUGCAAUACAGUACGGUUUUUACUUGAAUAUAUUG